ACUCUAGCUCGCGCGUUUGUUCUGCUCGAGGUCGGCGCGAGCUUCACCACUUCUCUUCCGCGUUAACGGCUAGCCGGCUGUUCGACCUUGACGGUACGAUGCCUCUUUUCUCGCUUAAAAUCUAAGGCGAGCGCACACACAGCCGACCAUCUCAAAAGGCCGCUGCGGCGACUCUCUACCCGUCUCGUCUCAUUCAAUGAUGACAUCCGAAACUGGACUUCGACCCGUAGCGUCGAGCAGCUGUAGGAGACGCGUCUGAGUCAUCUGGCAGAGGAAGGAUCGCGUGAUUUCUUUCGCGAAAGGAACCCCGCACACGGCAUGGCGGCACCGAAGCCCAACAGAGCAACCACGGACAUGCAUAAGUGGAUGUCUACGGGCUCCCUGUUCCUACCGUACGGCACCGCCGAGGACUACGCGCAAGCCGACGAAGAUGCAGCUGACGGCAGAGCGUGCAACAUGGUUAACGCUGAUUCGCUGGACUUGGACACAUUCAAAGUAAACGAAGGCCUGUCCAAGUACAAGGAUGCCCUGAAGGUUCUCAUACCUGUGCGACCUAAAUCCAAAGACAAGCAUGAGAUGCCCACCAGCAAGGCGGGCUUGUUCUCGUUCAUCUCGCUUGUCUGGAUGACCAAGUUGAUGUGGAAGGCCUACCGACAGGGCAUCCACCAAGAGGACCUGUGGCAGAUGGCUCCCAGCGAAUCAUCCGAGGUCAACGUCAAGAGGCUCGAACGACUAUGGAAGGAUGAGCAGCUACUUCAGGGAGAUAAAGCUCAGUUUUGGAGAGCAGCCACCAGGUUCUGCAAGACGCGUGCCAUUGUCGCGGGCCUCUUCAUCUGCCUUGGCAUGACCUUUCAGUUUCUCGGUCCCGCUGUGCUGCUGCGUGCGAUUCUCUUGUACCUUGAGGAUGCCCACGCCAGCUUGAGCACAGGCCUGCUGCUUGCCUUUGGGCUUGUCGGGACUCAGCUGAUGCGGUCGGGAUGCCUGAGCAUGUCGUGGGUGAUUGGUGCACACACUGCAAUCAGACUGCAGGGAGCCCUGCAAUUGCUGUUGUACCGAAGAAUGCUCAAAGUUAGGGUUGAAGAAAAACACUCAGGACAGGUGAUAAACCAUGUCACAAACGACAUGGAACGAAUAUUUGAUGCUGCCAUGAACGGCACGCUGAUGUUGGGGACGCCGGUGAUGUUUCUUUUGACGCUAGUCUACAGCUGCUACCUUAUAGGGCCCUGGGCUUUCAUGGGCAACAUUGUGAUUCUGCUGUUCUACCCAAUCAUGGGUGGAAUCGCAGCUGUGAUCGCCAAACUGCGGCGACUGGCCGUGAAGAAGGCCGACGCGAGGGUUGAGCUGAUGGCGGAGGUGGUGAACAACAUCCGCCUCAUCAAGAUGUAUGCAUGGGAGCAACCUUUCACGAGCAAAGUUUAUGAUGUACGAAACGAGGAGCGCAAAGUGCUUAUGAAGGGCAACUUUCUGCAGUCGCUGUCGACAACAGUGACGCCUGUUAUUCUGAUAAUGGCAACAGUGACGACGUUGCUGGGAUAUGGGGCGACUGGCCACCAGUUGCUGGCCUCCAAGGCCUUCACUCUGUUUGCGCUUUUCAAUGGCAUGGGCUUCUCCAUAGGAACCUUGCCGUACGCCAUCAGAGCAGUUACGGAAGCCAAAGUAGCUCUGCAGAGAAUACAGGAGCUUCUAGAACUGGACGAUGCCAAAGUGUGGGUGAGGAAGAUUGAGGAGAAAGACAAGCGGUUUGCCGUGACAGUUUCGGAUGCCUCGUUCACGUGGAAUAGUGUGCACUCCAACAAUAUCAGGAGUGUGGACAUCGUGAAGGACAGGUUUAAGGGUGUGCCAAAUGCCAGGCGCGUGAGGCAUAGAGCAGCACAAGAGGCAUGCAACGGAGAUGCGAACGAGAGGGUGCCGAUGACUGAAGCGAUUGCUGAACCCGAGGAGGCAUUGAGAGACGUGACUUUGCACAUCAAGAAGGGGUCACUGAUUGGCAUUUGCGGUCGUGUGGGCAGCGGCAAGACUUCGUUGCUGAAUGCGUUGUGUGGUGAGAUGAACUUACUGAAGGGAGAAAUGGAUGUCAAUGGAAGCAUUGCGAUUGUGACUCAGCAGGCCUGGAUUUUCAAUGCGACUAUUAGAGACAACAUUCUCUUUGGGCUGCCAUAUUUGAAGUCAAGAUACGAUGCUGUCCUCGAAUCUUGCUGCCUCUUACCCGACCUGGCAAUGUUUAGUUGUGCAGAUCUGACAGAGAUUGGUGAGAAAGGGGCAACUCUCAGUGGGGGUCAGCGGCAGCGCAUCAGCCUGGCACGGGCACUAUACAGCGACCGAGACAUCUUUUUGCUGGACGACCCGCUGUCAGCUGUGGACUCGCGCGUGGCAUCCCACUUGCUGGAGCGAUGCAUCCUGGGCGCCCUGCGGGACAAAACGGUCUUCCUCGUGACCCACUCGAUGUCCGCCCUGGAGAAGUGCCAGCAGAUCCUGUACAUGCGUGGCGGCCGCAUCAUUGAGCGCGGCACGCACCCCGCCCUUGUCUCGUUCCCCGGCGAGUACCGCAAAAUGUUCCACAUGGAUGCGGCAGCUGCCAAGCUUCCUGUUGAGACCGGAGCAGGAGGUUUGUCUUCUGGCGAUGUACCAGUGGUGGAUUCAGCCGACUCAAAGGAGGCGUUGUCUAGUGACAAAGAAACGGUGGACGGCAGCAUGGAAGGCAGCGGCCGGCUGGUGAAGGACGAAGAGAAGGCGGUUGGGGGCCUGUCAAAGCGGGCCAUCUGGCUGUACAUUAGGGCUGCGGGCGGCCCUUGUGUGGUCACUCUACUGGCCUUGGCCUUCCUGGUGUUCGUCUGUGCGCAGAUGUUCGCCAACAUCUGGCUGCAGUACUGGGUCGACUCGAUGCAGACCCGAAAACCUGCCUUUGCCAACGAGACGUCCGCGCAGUUACCGCUCACAGGUGUGUUGUCUGCUCACAACCAGUCGUUUCACAAAAACUCUACCGAUGCGCACGGCCACUCGGACAGCAUCUACUACAUUGCCUACGGCGUUGCUGUGCCCGUGAUGCUGCUCUGCGGCAUUGUAAAAGGAAUUGCGUGCACUGUGAUUUUGCUGCGUGCCUCCAGCAAGCUUCACAACAAAAUGCUCCACGGUAUACUGCGAUCCCCAACAGGCUUCUUUGAUGUGACCCCGUCGGGUCGCAUCACCAACCGAUUUUCCAAGGACAUGGACGAGAUGGACAUCCGUGUGCCAUUCUUCCUGGAGAUGGUGGUGCAGAGCCUGCUCUCGAUUGCACUGCAGCUGAUCAUCUCCGUGUACGUGUACAAGGUGUUCUGCAUCGUGCUGGGUGCCGCCGUGGUAGUGUACCUUCUGCUGGACCGCUGGCUCAAUGUUGGUGUGCGCGAGGUGAAGAAGCUGGACAAUGUGGCCCGCUCGGCAGUGGUUGUGCACCUCUCCACCACCCUGCAGGGUGUCGCAGUCAUCCGAGUGUUCGGCUGCCACAAGUGGUUCACCAACAAGAUGUACGAGUUGGUGAACAAGCACUCUGUGGCACAUGUGGUGUUCCACCUGGCCUCCCGGUGGUUCACGUUGCGCAUGGAGUUUGUCGGCACCUGCAUGGUGGCGUCUGCAGCCUUCAUUGUGGUCAUCAUGCGGCAGAGUGUCAGCACUGGGCUUGCAGGCCUCAUGCUGGCCUCCGUCUUUUCUGUAUGCACAUUUAUACCUUUCAUUAUGAGGCUGAAGUCUGAACUUUCAGCCAGGCUUACUUCAAUGGAAAGAAUUCACGAGUACUGUCAGGAUCUGACUGAGGAGGCUCCCCAGCACGUGCAGAGCUGUGGAGAGAUCAAAGGCUGGCCCACCGAGGGGGACCUGCGCUUCGACCAGGUGUGCCUGCGCUACCGUGAGGGGCUACCCCUGGUGCUGCAAAACAUCAGCUUCCACGCGCGCGGUGGUCACAAAGUGGGCGUUGUCGGUCGCACUGGCGCAGGCAAAUCAUCCAUCCUGGUGGCGCUUAUGCGAAUGAAGGAGCUGGAAUCUGGGUGCAUCAUUCUGGAUGGCAUCGAUAUCAGUUCCCUCGGGCUCCACGAGCUCCGUUCCUCGAUAGCUGUGAUUCCGCAGGAGCCCGUGCUCUUUCAAGGCACGGUCAGAUACAACUUGGAUCCUGCAAGCAGGAAAACAGAUGCAGAGCUUUGGGAAGCCCUAGAAAGAGCGCAUUUAAAGGCAAAGAUUGAAAAAGAAGACAAGCAACUUGAAUGUGUCGUGGAGAAGAAUGGAGACAAUUUCUCUGUUGGCGAGCGACAGCUUUUGUGCCUGGCGAGAGCAAUGUUGCGGCACAACAAGAUUUUAGUACUGGACGAAGCCACAGCAUCGGUGGAUGCCGAGACAGACCGGCUGAUCCAGCAAACGGUGCGAGAGGUCUUCGCAGACUGCACCGUUCUGACCAUAGCACACCGGCUGCACUCUGUUCUCGACUGCGAUAUGGUUAUUGUGUUGGAUGGAGGACAGAUUAUUGAAAUGGGCAGCCCUGUCACCCUUUCGAAAGACACCAACUCAGUAUUUUCGGCAAUGCUGAAGGCGUCUGGCAUUCAGGCACCGACGAGUGAAGUGCGCCGCUGAGUGUGCGCAGCUUUGUGGCAGCUUAUUGCUGCUGGACACUCCUGUGUUUAGACAGGACCUCGUCAUCAUUGUGCGAGUGUUUUAAUUGUAGGAUCUAAUUUUUACGCCUUUUUUGUAUUCCUUGCAUUUCUUUUCGUGCUCGUGAUAUACAUCCGAUAUUUUGGGGGGACUUGCAGCAGACUAUUGCGAAUCUCCUUUGAUAGCUUUGCACGAGGCAUUCAUAAAUUCACAUCUACAUAGCUUUCUCUUUCGUUAAAUUUCUGCAUUUGAGCUGUGGAAGCUUUCGUGAUGAUGAUGUUUUGAAAUUGCCUUUUUCCUCGGGAUAAGCACGGUUUACUUCCCCUAGGGGCCGAAUUAUGGUUGCUGGGUGAGUUGGCGAUUUAUAAUAUAACGAAAGUCUUUGCAUUCUCAGAAUGCACUGGUGCCAGGGGAUGAUUCGUCGGCCGCAUCUCCUAUAUUUUCUGGUCUUUCCUUGACAACGUACUCUUGUGUUGCACGCAUAUUUUUUGCGUAAGUCAUUGUAGACAAUUGCCACAUGCAGUUGAGCUUUGAAUCGAUACGGUGUGAUUGAAUGUAAUCCACAACUUUUGCACUUGAUUGUUUGUGACUAGUAAGCCAUGAGUCGGGAUAAUUCAAUAAUUCUCUUCAGAUUAUUUUUAUUUUGUACUUCAUCUGCGGUUCGUGCAAUGUGCGCAUUAUGUUAACAUCUUCGUCACCAUUGCACUGACGACAAUGCGGUAAAAUCGAAAUUGAGGGACGAGAAUCUGUACGUUGCAUUAGCUAUUGUGUUAAUUUGUUACAGAUGCAUACCGUGAGAUUUGCCUGCUAUGUAGGAAUGAAGUGCGAUGUCACGCUGCACGAUUUUCAACGAUCAUUGAUUGCUUCCAUUAGCUGUCAUCAUGCUCACAAUAAGAUCGCGCAUGCCAUUGUUUUGCACAGUGCACACAACUGCCGUCGAAACCUCGAUGCCUUUCUGUCACAACAAGAACGAGAGAUCUGCUGUUUGCAUUUUGCCGCCUUAUUCCUUUUCGCGAGGCCACUGAUGCUUAGUAUUCGCACCCUGCGAGAUUGUGCCUUAUUAGGUCACUUUGUCCGGCCACACGAAACUUAAAGGUCAUUUUUACGUGUCACACAGCACCGGUUGGGAAAAGAAUAUGUUAUUUUGACACAUCAAGCCUUGUACGUGUGUGCCUUAGUGACCUAGACCGGUGUUUUUUUAACUUAAAGGGUAAACUUUGCGAAUAUUGUGAAUAUACCAAUUACAAGUGGGUCAUAUGAAGGAAAUGACUUAUCAUUCUCAUUCCUCAAUUCGUUCCUACGUUUUUACACCUGUGUAUGCACUUUUAGUAACCCUUAUAUUUUGUUGCUCAAGUGGAGUCUCAUUUGCUUGAAAAGUGUCUACGUAGACCGGUGAAAUAUUCGGUGAUACUUUUCCAUCAGUAUUAGUCUGCUUUUAUUGUGAAUGCUUUUGAUAGCACUGUCAACUAAAACUGCAGCAGGCAGACUGCUGCAGUUAGUCCCUCAUUUUGUGAUAACAUUAUGAGCGAAAUAUUUUUAGUGCCACACAUUCUAUUUAUUCUGCUUACAUAUCAGUGUGUACAGAAGUCCUCUGCAUACUGUUUCAUGUUGAAAAUUUGUUGAUGUUUUUCGGUGCCUCUGAAAGCAUUAAAGGCUCGUUAGACUUCAAA